AUGUCGGAAGAAACGUUUAUUUACUUGUGCGACAAACUGCGUCCUGCGAUGGAGAGACGGGACACAAACUUCCGCGUGUGUGUACCUCUAAAGAAGAGAGUAGCCAUUGCACUGUGGAAGCUUGCUACCGGCUCUGAGUACAGAAGUGUUGGACAUCUUUUUGGAGCAAGCAUUUCAACUGUGUGUCGGUGUGUUCAGGAGUUCUGUGCUGCAGCAGAGACGUUGUUGAUACCAGAACAAAUUCGUUUUCCAGAUCAGGAGAGGUUUAAAGAAAUGGCUGCCUACAUUGAGAACAGAUGGGGACUUCCACAGUGUAUUGGUGCUAUUGAUGGAUCACACAUACCCAUAAUAGCACCACAAGACUACCACUGUGACUAUUUCAACCGUAAAGGCUGGCACUCCAUCAUCCUUCAAGGUGUUGUGGAUGGAAAGGGACUUUUCUGGAAUGUGUUCACAGGACUGCCUGGAAGCCUGCAUGAUGCUCGGGUUUUGAGACUGUCCACACUGUGGGAGGUGGCAAGCCGUGGAAACCACAUACCAGCUAGCACCAAAAACAUUGCUGGGGUGAAUUUUGGCUACUACAUCCUUGGAGACUCUGCCUAUCCCUUGCAGAACUGGCUAUUAAAACCAUUCAUUGACACUGGACGGCUAACAGCGGAACAGCGGUUCUACAACAUGAAAAUCUCCAGAGCACGUGUAGUGGUUGAAAAUGCUUUUGGUAGAUUAAAAGGAAGAUGGCGUUGCCUUAUGAAAAGAAAUGAGUGUGCGGUCGACCUUGUGAAAUCUAUGGUGCUGACAUGCUGUGCUCUACAUAACCUUUGUGAGAGUCAUGGAGAGGCCUAUGAGAGUGCAUGGGAUCUACCUUCAGCAGCAGAGCUUGUGCUGGGACUGGCUUGUGAUGUAUAUGGUGAUGGCAGGGAUGUCCGUGAGGCUCUGAUGCGUUACUUGAAUAGUUGA